AUGCUCAAACGAUUUCAUUCCGGUCAUAUCGUUGAAACUAAAGACGAUCGAGUGAAAAAUGUUAAAUCCCGUGAUGGUGGUGGAACUCAUGUAAUUGAUUCUCUUGAUGAAUACCUCAAUAGAUAUAAAUUUCACGGAAAUAAUGCGGUUGUUUAUUUAUGUACUCGUGAAAAUACAACUCCAUCUAUUCAUAGCACAGUUAGCGAAACCUUACCGAAAAUAACAACGGCAAAGGAUAAUGAUAUCAUUUUGACUGAACUGAAAGGAACUAUGAUCAAUCAUUAA